AUGGCGGCACCGAUUGAUCAAUUACGUGGAUUACGUGUAAUCGAAAUUAUGCAGGAUUUGUUGUCAUCAGACAGUUCUGAUGAUGACGAUGAUAUUAUUGAUGUACAAUUAUUGAGGAAUAAUGCCAGAAGACGCCGAUGGGGUAAAGUUCCUAAAGUUGAAAAUUUUAUUCGCGAUGUAGUUGACAAGUAUUCAGAGCCAGAAUUUAAAAGUGAUUUCCGAGUAUUUCGUGAAACAUGUAAUUAUUUAAUUGAAUUGUUCGAACAAAGUGUAUAUUGCCCCCGAGGAGCACCUUUUGGCGGUGUUGAAGCGAAAAGUGCCGAAGAACACAUUCUGUAUUAUUUAUGGUAA